GGUUGACUUCAAGUACUUGGCCGAUCGAGACUUCCAAAGGCCGUUCAGACCACUUAAAUAAUCACUUGUUCAAACUGCCCCAGAUCCACACCGAACGGUGGAGGAGCCGAUCGGUGACUGUCAGUUGGGGGUUCGGGCACCAGCUUUCCGUAUAGAGCAAGGCCAGACUCAGAGCCGUAAUCUUUUGCAGGUGAAGCGAACUGCGCCCAAGAUUGGGUAACCAGGCCGAUCGAUAACCUCCCUACAGGAAAUCCGAUCAUCACACUUGACAGGGCAUGAGUGGUGCGAAGUGGGAGUUUUACUGGGGGAGGCCGUGCGGCCCUACGCUCUCAAUUGUUGGGGGGUGAUGUUUACCGAGCGGCCAAUCCUUAUUGAUGGCAUGUACAUGUUCUUCGAAUGCUUUUUCAACUUGUAAAUGACAUAAGGGCUGAAUGGAGGUUGGGCCAAUGAAGGAUCUGCCGAAUGAUGAAAAGUCAAAUGAUGAUCGGUCGUUCAAGAUGAAUUCGGGUGGCUCAAUGCGAAUGUGGCUGGGCGACAUGCGGUGGAGGUUCCGUUUGGGCGGAUUAUCACUGACAAGGAGAUACAGUUCGGUUAGUGAGAAGUGUCGUUCGGGUACUUAACCUGUUGCCAUUCCCGAUACCAUAAGCUACUGACCGGACAUGAAUUUUCUCUUUGGAGGUCGUUCGGGUAACCUCCCGUACAGGACUAUGGAUGUUUUAUUCUGUUUUUUUUUUUGUGAAAAUGGAUAGGCAGGGGAACUGCUGGUAUGGACGGGUUCUGCAUAUUCCCCUUCGGUAAAUGGUGUGCUGCUUCAAGAAUGAAAACGUCAAUUUCCCUCGAAUGUAGGUCGGGCGCUAUUCUUGGGUUAAUGGCAGCUAGCUAUAAACAUCCAGGGAGUUCACGACCAAGGGCGGCAGUGGUGCUAGUUAAGGAGCAGUUCUCCCUACCUUCAAAAAACCCUUCUCCCGUUCUAGAUGGACCUCUUGCAUCUCAAGUGAUCAUUCUUUCGGCUAACAUCCCUGGAUCGGCCAGAAAAUACCUUUCGGGCUUCAGAAACCCACUUGUUAACAUAUGGCCCCACCUGUCUUUUUUAGUCGCUAGUUUUGUCAGGUUGCAGCCUUUUGUGUGAAGGAAAACAGCUGUUACGCGUGGGGCCCAUUGAUGGGUGCUAGAGAAAUAUCUGCACUCGACUGUUGUCCUCCUCUGAUUGGCCCCUGCUGCUGGGAUGAAGAGAUGACGGAGGAAGGUGAGCCCAACUCGGACCAUGGUCUUCGCGAGCUUCGAGUCUCCAUUGAUGGUGGAGACCGUUGAGCCUCCGACCGGCAGAAAGCCUAGGCCAUGAUGACGGGGCCUGGAUGAGCUAAAGCAGUAACGGUGCUGACACCUCCGGCGGUCCCAUCCCAGCUCCUUUCCAUGAUCAAGUAGUUCAUGGUUGGUAUACGGCCUUGUGGGCAUUGUGCUUCGGUCGUAGCUGUUAGCCUUGUGUUCGGGGAGUUCCCGUUCGGCAUUCGGCGUCUCUCCUUUAGAUAAGAGUGAAUCUGUCAAAUCAUCAAAAAGUGUUGUCAGGAAAAGGAAAGUGGUGGGCACGCGGGCCCCACUCAUCAUUUUUCUCCAAUCUCCUUUGACUCUUGCUUCGGCCCGUUUUGUUGGGUGUAGAGAUUUGAGCUACGGCCAAGCUGCUGAAGUUUUUUCACUGGGUCUGGAGAUCUUCCUUUGCUGUUGUGCUUUCCACCGUUGUUGACCAGGGAAUUAGCUAGCCUGGAGCAGAAUUGAAAUUCCCAUUCCACAGCUAGAUAUCAGUUCAUCUUUGAUGUAAAUUUUUUGUAGAACACAAACAAAACCUUUUUUGCUUCUCUAAAAAUCAGUCUAUCUUGUAUGAAUUUUGGUAGAAAUGCCAAGAACACAUGUAGUUUUUUGAACGUUUCUCACAGACGGCGCCAAUGUUGAGUUUUAGUCCCG